UUGGUAUUACAAUGAAGCGGCUAUAAUCACUGCUAGCCUUAACUUUAUGGAUCCAGUUGUGAUGAAAGAGACUCUCCUGACUAACCACACGGUGGAUGGCAUGCUCGUAAGUGGAGUGUAUGGAGAUGCUGAAAAUGCACUAAAUACCUACUCGACCUACAACGAAGGCAUCAAGAACUUGUACAUCAACAAGUGCCCCCUUAUUGAAGAAGCCUAUAAAGAUACUCAAAAGGCCAUAUUUGAUGCAGACUAUUUCCAUUUGGUUAAUGAAGCUCAGUUUGGUGGAAAACCCAAGUCUUCUGCAUCUGCCAGAGUUGAUAACAGCUCUUACAUUGUUAUGAGCUGGGAGAAAAGUUGUGAUGUGACAAUGGACAAAUAUGGUACUUCAUUUGUCCCUACAACAACACUAUACUCCAAUUUUGGAUCUGGUAAAGACUGGAUACACUUCGAACAUCAGGGAGAUAACUACUUCAUUGGUGCUGCAUCGUCGGCAGACAAUAGCUGCAGCAGGACUAAUAGUGUAUCCUUAAAGCUAGAAAAUGAUGCACUUACUGUGCACCAAGAGCUUGUUGCUGAGAAAGGGUUGAAAAGACUUUCAUUCAAGAAACUGGAACAGUAGGAAUAGCUAUUACUAUGGGCAAUGUUAGACACUUAUACAGCUUUAGCAGCUCUACAAACAAGUUCGAAUUGGUGAAAAAUUUACCUGCUAUUGACGAAACGGCAGUUUUGAUUGAUAGGAGUGGAAAUACUAUAGUUGUUGAAGCAUACGAGAAUGGAAUUGUGAUACCAUGGGUGAAUAAUGUCCAGCUCGGGCUAAUGGAAGUCCAUAAAAUGGAUGAUGCAGUCUUGGUUCAACAAUAUGGAAAAGUGUUCCUGAUGUG